AUGGAUGUCAAGGUGACAGUUCAAGACCUCCCAACAGAGAACUGCUACUCUUUGACUGAUCCACAUAUCAUCAUCACAUUUGAUGGACUGCGUUACGAUAACUACAUGAUUGGAACUUUUGUUCUGUACAAGAGCCUUAGCCGUAUAUUUGAGGUACAAGUUCGUCAGUGGACCUGUGGCAGCCAUCACCUCGCUGUAGCCUGUAACUGUGGUGUUGCUGCAUGGGAAGAUAAUGAUAUUGUAGUCCUGGACAUGUGUAAUGGACAGUAUUUGGAAACCAAACCUCAGUUGAUAAUUAAAAACAUCAGAGCUUCACCACAACAACACAUCCGAAUCAUGAAGUCCUAUGGAGGGAAGAAAAUUACAAUCGCUUUCCCUUCAGGAGCAUUUGUUCGAGCUGAUGUAAACCACUGGGGAAUGAGCUUGACCGUAAGGGCACCAAGCAUUGACUUUAACAACACCAGAGGUUUAUGUGGUACCUUUGACAGAAAUAAUCAGAAUGACUUGCAUAGCACUGAUGGGAGGCCUAUACUUUCUCAACCGAACAACACAUCUGAGGAAGACUUCAUAGAAUCUUGGAAAAUAGCUCCAGGGAUGAGUUUGUUUGACAAGACUCCACCACUGUCUAAAUGGAAGAAGAGGAAAAAUUAUUGCCUUUGCCAGAAGGAGCCCGAUCUAUAUUUGCAGUCCAAAGAUACUAUGAAUGCUUUCCAGAAUUCUGCUUCACAGUCUUUAGGUUGCCAUUAUGAGAACAUGUAUUACACUACUAUAAUCCCAUAUGUAGAUGUCACAUCAGAGUAUUCCAUUAAUGUGGAGGAGACUGAUCCUACUUUAUCAGCUGAAGGGACAUUGUCAUCCAUGCCUUUUAACCAAUGGCAUUUCCCUCAGACUGUCCCAAAAAGAGGCAGCCCUGAUGGCUUAUUAAAAGCAAAUGGGAAUAAGGGAUCCUUGGAAAAAACUGUCAGAGAAAGCUUUGCUGACUUCUCCAGUCACUGGGAGGAGAUACCAAGAGAAAAAAGGCAAGAAGAUUAUUCUGAACAUUUAUAUAUUUCCUCAUUUCAAAACUUUAGUCAAACUGAAUUGGACAGUUUCACAUAUUUUUUCCCAGAGGAUUAUUUUGAAGGGAAACAGCAUAAAAUUCAAGUGAUAUGGCCUACUUCAAGAGGUUUAACCUUAGUCAAAGCCUUAGCAAACUGUCAGAAGGUUCUGGAAAACUCCCCAGUUGGUUCAGCUUGCAAGGAAUUUCUUGGUCACCAAAUGGAUGUUGCUAUAGAAAUGUGUGUGUUAGAUGUAUACAUUAAGGAUGACCUCACAUGGGGAGAAGCAAUGAUAGCAUUUCUGGAAAAUGUCUGUGAAAGUAGAAUGACAGAAAACGUAACUGAGUGGAUUCAUUCAACAAGUGAUCCACCUGUUAUGCAUGAAGAAAUCGUCAGAGCACUUAGAUGUCCCAGUCUCUGUAACGGACAUGGACAAUGCACUCCCUGGGGAUGUCAGUGCUUUGAAGAACACAGUUCUCAUGACUGCACAACUGCCGAAACCAGGGGAGGGUUGGGUGACACCAGGGUUGUGGGUCAGGAGAGUGCUCAGGGAACCAUGGCUCCUGUGAAACGCGGGGCAUUGGGCCAGAAGGGCUCCCAGGUGGCAGGCAAGGUUUCUGGGGCUGUGGUUAAACCCACCCAGACUACAUCUAGGGCUCCUGCCCAGGGGGCCAGGGGCGGUGAGACCAGGAAGCCGAGGGCUCCACGGGGCAGACAUCCUCUCCCCAGCCCCUCCUCAAAGGGGUCGGGGGUGGCUGGCAGGGUCCUCAGGCCUGAGAAUAAGCAGAAGGCUGAGGCAAAGCGGGGCCAUAAGCCCGAUAAUGCUCACGCUGGGGCCUCCACUAAGGGCGGGAGCCAGAAGGUGAGGCAGCCGGCCAGAGCAGGCAAGCAGCACACUACCGAGGAGGCUAAUGGUGCUUCUUUACAGAGCAUUACUUGGGCUCUGGAGCUCCUCACCGCACGAGUGGAGCACCUGGGGAACUCCGGGCCUGGGGCAUCUCCUGUUGAGGUCCCCUGGCAAAGAUCAUGCAGCAAAACAAAAAGAAGGCCGGCUGUGGCAAACCAGCGAGAGACACGAUCCCCCUCCAGUUCGGAGGAGUGCAGCAGCAAGGAGCAGCAGAGGACCACCAAGAAGAGGAAGACCUCACGCAGAAAGGGGGGCCGGCACCGGCACUACGAGGAGUCAGACAGCGACUGGACCUCAGCCCGGCAUGUAGCAGGUGUAGAUAAUGGCCUGGUGGACGCCUUGUCUCACUUCCAGAUGAAGAGGUUCUUCGCACUGGCACCGGAGGCUCAUCACACUCCCGACCCAUUCCCGGAGGAACUCUGGCAGACUGGGCGAGAUUCCAUAAUGCAGGGAGUACUGGCCUCGGUUGCACCAUCCACGCUUCAAGCCUAUUUGUCAGCAGCAUCUAGAUUUCUGGCCUUCUCAAAGGGGGUUGGAGAGAACCCUGUGGAGAUCACAUAUCUACCAAAUGGUGGUUUCUGUGAUGUACGAGCUUCUGAUUGUAGCAGAAUUCAAGUGGUUGGACGGGGCUUUAGAAACUCUCUUGAUCUUCACUGUGAGGUCACCAGAAUGACUUAUGUGAAUGGUGAAUGGGUAUCUGGAGAACAUGAAAUCACAAAAGCUGCGUUUUUGAAUCUGACAGCAGUGGAAUGUCAGAUUCCUGCUCGGAACAAUACUGGAACGGAAGUGAUUCGUUUCAUGAUGGAUGCUGAACCUUACGCAAGAUGGCAAGUGAAAAUUUCUAAUGAUGGAUUCCAGUACAGUAAUUCGAAAGUUCUGACCUUGUAUGACGGAGUCUGCCAGGAUUGUGAAUUCCAUCAAAAUGGGCUUUGUAAAUUAAAGGAACAUGUUUGCCAUAUAAAUGGACUAUGCUAUGCAAAAGGAGACUCAAGCCUUACCAGUCCUUGUCUUCUCUGUGACCCUGGUAUUUCGAUGUUCACUUGGUCUAUCAAUGAAAACAACAAGCCUCCUGUAUUCCAGACCCCAGCCAGCCAGCUUCUGACAUUCGUCAAAGAGAAUUUCGUUUACCAGCUGCUUGCAGUAGAUCCUGAGGGAUCGGCAGUACUGUUUACCUUAGAAAGUGGCCCUCUAGAAGCUUCACUUUCUCCUGCUGGCCUCCUUAUCUGGAAAGUCAGUUCCAAAGAAUCAGCAAGCUUUGAAUUCACUGUCUCUGAUGAAUGCAAUGUAGAAAGCAGACACUCAAUUCAGGUUUCAGUGAAACCUUGCGGCUGUUGGAAUGGUGGAACAUGUGCUACCGACAUUAACUUCCCUCCAGGUACUGGUAAAUACAUCUGCAUAUGUUCCAGUGGAUUUGAAGGGGAGUUUUGCCAAAACAACACCAAUGAUUGCAAAUCAAACCCUUGUGGGAUUGGCUCCUGUGUUGAUGGAAUCAAUAGCUUCAUUUGUAAAUGUCCGCUUGGAUGGAAAGCUGAGGACAGUGCUGACAUGAUGGAAGCUUUCAUUACUGAUAAUCAUAAUACCAAAGGUGAAUUGAAAAAGACUGAGGUACUUUGUGAGCCAGCAUGUGAGAAUGGAGGAUCAUGCAUCAUUCAAAAUAUCUGUUCCUGUGUUUAUGGAUUUGUUGGUCCCAGAUGUGAAACAUUAGUGUGUAACAGACAUUGUCACAAUGGUGAGAAGUGUGUGACACCAGAUGAGUGUGAAUGCAAAUCUGGAUGGAGUAGCCCUUCUUGUGAGACAGCUAUUUGUAAUCCUGUUUGUCUAAAUGGAGGAAGCUGCAUUCGGCCAAAUACAUGUGCUUGCCCUCAUGGUUUCUUUAGACCUCAGUGUCAGUCUGCUUUAUGCAAUCCGCCUUGUAAGAACAAUGGAAAAUGUGUGAGAAACAAUGUGUGUUCCUGCACAGAGGGCUAUGUUGGAAGAAGGUGUCAGAAAAGUGUGUGUGAUCCUAUGUGCAUGAAUGGAGGGAAAUGCAUCAGUCCUGGCAUUUGUGACUGCCCAUCUGGCUGGAAAGGAAAGCUUUGCAGUAAACCUGUUUGUUUGUCCAGCUGCCUGAAUGGUGGAGAAUGUCUUGGUCCUAAUAUUUGCCAUUGCUCUCGAGGAUGGGUGGGCUCAUUAUGCCAGAUUCCUCUUUGCGAGCCCAAGUGUCUGAAUGGGGGCAGAUGCAUCAAGCCUAACAUUUGUACCUGUAGAAGUGGAUAUGGUGGCUUAUAUUGUGGAAAGAAGCUUAUGAACCGAACUUAACUUCAUUAUGCAUCUAGAGGAAUAUCAUAGUGUUACUUCUUAGAUAAGGUAGUGUGAGACU